CUUAGUGAACAGAAGGUGUUUCUGCAUGCACUGGCAUUGCACUACUCUGCUGCAAGGACUCCAGCUCAUCUCUCUCUCUCUCUCUCUCUCGCUCUCUCUCUUUCCCUCUAUCCUUCUUUCUCUUUUCUCUCCACAAACCAGCCCUUCCUUUCAGCCUCUAAUGCCUCAGCAUCUCUGCUCAGCAACAGCCUUUUGCUCAUCCUACACAAAAUGAUGAGCGACUCUCAAAAGAGGGCUCACUGGAAACCGGGCUGAGACGACUUCGGACUAUUGAAAUAACAAACAAAAGAACACCAAAAAAAAAAAAAAAAGAGAGAGAGAGAGAAGGGGAGAAAGAAAAAAAAUGCCAAGGCAACUAGCAUUCGUCUCAGACGUGCACUCGUUUCCGAGGAGCUGUCCGCCAAGAGAAUGAUGACUGGUCCGGAUGGAUACGAGCCACGCAGCUUGCCGACAGCUUCAAGUGACGGACUUUAAUUUGCGUCAACAAUUCAACAAAGUCGGUUACACGCGAGGAAAAAAGAGUUCUCUUUGAGUUACGCGUUUGUGUGCGUGCGUGUGUGUGUGUGUGUAUUUUUUUCCCCCCAUCUUCUCAUCUCGCUCUAAUCAGCGCAGCAGUCACUGCAGAGAAGCAGGAGAGGGAGGACUGUGCUCAUGCAUGCAGUCUGGGCAGCUUGCAUUUCCUGCGAGUGCACUGAAUGCCACUUGGAUUCCUCCUCUUUCUGUCUCUUUCACGCGAGGAGAACUAAGACAUUGUAAGUCUGCCAGAUUCUGGUCGCUGCUGAAAAGGAGGGGGGGGAGGCUGCAUUUGUACCACACUGGGAUCUUUUUUACAUUCCCACCUAAUUAUUGCAGGCACAAAAGGAGCAGCUGAAUAGAGGUUGUCAGCCUCUGGAGAAGCGGUGAGUAGGAAUCCUGUUUUACGUGAUUUAAGAAGAAUGCUUUUUUACCCUCGGCUGUCUCUCCCUUCGCUUCCCAAUCUAACAUGAUUGAAGUGACUUGCCGUUCCCCCGUAUUGACUCUUUUCUUUUGCUUGCCCAGAUUAUCUUUCACUUUGAGUAACAAAACACCAUCAGCUAAAUCGCAUUAACGAAAACAAAACAAACAAAAAAAAACAUGUUGCUCAAAAUGAGACAAAUCUAAAAAGAUUCAAUGAACUUCUUCUUCACGACACUGCAGGAUAUUCAUGCUAAUGGAUUUCCUUCUAAUUGGUCUGUAUUUAAAGUGGACGCUAAGAAAGCCCCCUGGGUUGUUCCUCUGCUCUCUGGGCAUCCUUUUGAAAAUGGUUCCCCUGGUGGGGGGGAGCUGUCCGAGGCUGUGCCGCUGCGACAGCAAGCUCCUCUACUGUGAGGGGCUCAACUUGACAGACAUUCCCCACAACCUAAGCAGCGCCACCGGCUUGUCUCUGCGGGAGAACAACAUCUCGGAGCUGCGCGAGGGGCACUUUAUCGGCCUGUCGCAGCUCACCUGGCUGUACUUGGAUCAUAAUAACAUCGAGUACGUGGAGGAGAGCGCCUUCGAAAGGCUGCGGAGGAUUAAAGAAUUGGACCUGAGCACCAAUCGGAUAGAGAGCCUGUCUAACGGAACAUUCAGACCCCUACCCAAUCUGCGCAUCUUGGAUUUAUCCUACAACAGACUGCAGUCUCUGGAGCCAGACCUUUUCCAUGGACUUAGGAAGCUUACUAAUUUGCAUUUACGGUACAAUGCCCUAAAAUUCGUGCCAGUACGGAUCUUUCAGGACUGCAGGAGCAUGCAGUUUCUGGAUUUGGGCUACAACCAGCUGCAGAGCCUGGCCCGGAACUCAUUCGCUGGUCUUUUUAAGCUGACUGAGCUGCAUCUGGAGCACAACGAGCUGGUGAAAAUCAACCUGGCCCACUUCCCCCGCCUCAUCUCACUGCGCACACUCUACAUGCGUAAUAACAAGGCCACAAUUGUGGUCAGCACCCUAGACUGGACCUGGCACUUCCUGGAAAAGAUUGAUUUCUCAAACAAUGAGAUUGAAUACAUCGAGCCUCAUGUCUUUGAGAGUGUGCCCAACAUCAAGGAGCUCAUGCUGGACUCUAAUAAGCUGACAUAUGUGGACCAGCGCAUUCUGGGCUCCUGGACAUCUCUGGGGAGUAUCACCUUGUCCGGGAAUGCAUGGGAAUGCAGCCGCAAUGUGUGUGCCCUGGCCUCCUGGCUGAGCAGCUUCCAGGGCCAACGUGACAGUGCCUUGCAGUGUGCCAGCCCAGACAUGGCCCAAGGCGAGGACAUCCUGGAUGCCGUGUAUGCCUUCCAGCUGUGCGAGGAUGGCGUCGAGGUCACCACUCAAAUCUACACAGCCACCAGAGACCUGGCCAGAGGCUCCAUUUUUAAAGGUCCUACUAGGACACCAUAUGACUUACAAGACAUGGAGGGUGGUGAGAUAGUGACAAAUUCCUUCACAGUGACUUCAGCCACCGAUGACCUGGAGAGCACCAUGCAGAUCCACAAGGUAGUAACAGGCACCAUGGCACUCAUCUUCUCAUUUCUGAUUGUAGUGCUGAUGCUCUAUGUGUCUUGGAAGUGUUUCCCAGCUGGCGUAAGGCAGAUGAGACAGUGCUUCAGCAACCAGCGACGCAAGCAGAAACAAAAGCAGACCAUGCAGCAGAUGGCCACCAUGUCCACCCCUGAAUACUAUGUUGAUUACAAACCCAACCAUAUCGAGGGGGCCCUCGUCAUUAUCAAUGAAUACGGAUCCUGCACUUGCCAGCAACAGGCAUCUCGGGAGUGUGAGGUGUGACAUUCUGGCUGCUGGAUAACUUGCAAUCGCAAAUUUUGUUGGAUCAAUGUACAUGGGACACGCUUUUACACUGCAUUACACUGUGCUGCUUUCUCAAGGAGGCUUGAUGGCACAUUUGGGGGGAAAAAAAGGACAAGGCCAAGGAUUUACAGCAAAUCUUAAAUGGUUUUUCGACAGACCUGGUUUUGGGACUGGUUUACUGUACAAGCAAGAACGAGAACCUUCCUUUUGAGGAAUACAGGGACUAAUCAAGGUCAAGUUGUGAAGCGUGGAUAUUUGAGCUUUAAUAUGUCUUUCUACACCAGAAGAUUUAAAGCUUAUGAGGACAUUGAUGAAAACAUGCUUUUUUUUUUCCAUUGUGGUAUCAAAAAUCUAAAUGGGUUUAAAAAAAAUUUAAAUGAGACAAGUAUGUGUAAAAUAUGUUAAACUUGCAGAAGAGUGGGAAAUAAAAAUACAAGAAGCUAUCUUAUUUCUUUUGUAAAUUAUGGAAGAAUCAAAUGUUUAAAUAAAUCUAAAGAAAAAAAAGCAAUUCACAGUAGUCAGGUCUGGAAAUAAUCUAAGGGUAGGAUUUGCAGGGUGAUGAUGAUAUAUUUACAAAGGCGGUCUCGUCACAUGGUUUUGAAAUGUCAAGUCUUAAUCUGAAAUUUUGAAUUCAGAUCUCCCCCUUGCUUUCUCUUUCUCUCUCUCAACCUGCUUCUCACCGUAUGUGAGGGAUAAUCACUGUGCAGAUUUGACGUUACUGUUGUCUUUGCUUUUUUUACGUACCCCCUAUCUAUGUCCCUCCCCUUACCCAUUGAGCUUAUUAGCAGAGGAACGAGAAAAAGGGGACGCAUGACACAUCCAAAUCGGGUAGUGAACCAUCUUUUACAUGAUGCGAUAUUUGUGUUUUAAAAACCAGGCCGAGGGUGUUUAAAGGCUCAAUCCCAUGAGCUUAUUGCUGUCUCAUGCUUGACAGAAGUGAAAUCAGAACGAGACCAAACAAAGCCUUAAUACUCAGCUAGAAAUGAUGGUUAUCCGGCAGUUCUACUGUGAACCUUUAAGAAAUGAGCCUACUAUAUAUCUAUAAAAAAAAAGAGUCUCCUUUUUUCCUUUUAUCCUUUAAGGUGCUUGUUGAGUGAGCGUUGGCAGGCAUAGACGUGUAUCCCCUGGCAUUGGCAGAUUGACAGAAAGGAGAUGGUGGUUUUGUGAAAGAAGGUGUAGACUGCUCUCUAGUGUCCCAGCACCAGCAGUAGCGAGAGCAAGCCCUUGACGCUUCUUACCUUUCCAUGUGUGAGACUGCGGGUGUGCUCGUUUGCUCGGUGGCAAAACCCUUGCAUUCAGAACACACACACACACACACACACACAAACACACACACAUAAGACGGUCAGAGCAAGUAAACAAGAGAGAAGCUCUGAAGCAAAAUGUUGGUCUACUGUCACGCACAGCAUUACCGGAUCUUGCUAUCAUGGCCAUGGCGAAGGGGCGAAGGGGCUCGAGCUGAAUGGGUCCGAAUGUGUCUUUAUAUCCAAUUAUUUAAACGUGGAUUAUGAAAUUCAUGUUCUAGACUGUUCUUUUGACUGCAUGUGUGGCUUGAAAAAGACAAAAAAAACAGAUUUUAAAAAAUGACAGAAACUGUGAAGAGACCUGAGCAGGGAUUUUUAUAAAGCUACAAACAGAUGAACCCCAAACGCCAUCGAGACUUGAUUUCAAUCGAACUGUCCUAUUUUCAACACUGUAUUUCACCACAAAGA